CUCCUCUCAGCAACCUAACUCUCAACCCAAAUCCCGACACCAUGGCCUGUUGUCAGACCAGCUGCUGCCAGCCAAGCUGCUGCCAGACCAGCUUCUGCGGAUUUCCCAGCUGCUCCACCGGUGGGACCUGCGGCUCCAGCUGCUGCCAGCCAACCUGCUGCCAGACCAGCUGCUGCCAGCCAAGCUGCUGCCAGACCAGCUGCUGCCAGCCAACCUGCUGCCAGACCAGCUGCUGCCAGCCAAGCUGCUGCCAGACCAGCUCCUGCGGAACCGGCUGUGGCAUUGGUGGUAGCAUCGGCUCUGGCCAGGAGGGCGGCUAUGGAGCUGUGAGCACCCGUAUCAGGUGGUGCCGCCCAGAUUGCCGGGUGGAGGGCACCUGCCUGCCCCCUUGCUGUGUGGUGAGCUGCACGCCCCCGUCCUGCUGCCAGCUGCACCAUGCCCAGGCCUCCUGCUGCCGCCCAUCCUACUGUGGGCAGUCCUGCUGCCGCCCAGUCUGCUGUUGCUCCUGCUGUGAGCCCACCUGCUGUGAGCCCGCUUGUUGAAAGCUGGCUUGCUUAUUUUCAGUUGCAUAGGUCACAGUAUCUCUGAACUGUUCAUCUCUUGACCACUCCUGGACCACUAGCAAGUUCUCAGACUUUUAUUGCUUUUCCUGUGAUGGAGACUACUAAGUAUAUGAGCUCACAAUUCUACCUGACUCCAUUCUACAAUGAAUACCUUGACCCUUCACUGGGGACACAGAAAGGCUACAAAGCCACCUGUGGAUCAUCAAUUUUGCUUGGGAUAUACUGUUUCUCAUAUUACUGCAGGAUUAAAAAUUACCCACAUGUUGUGGAAUUUAUCCAUGAGAACUAUCCAGAAGUCUAAUGUUUCCAUGCUUUAUAAUCUAUUUUUAUCUUCUAUUUACCUAAAAUUUUUUGCAACAUCAAAGACACCAAAUUAUACCCAAGUGACAUUCCUUGGAUGUCACCAGAGAAAAUCGAAGCUCAUCACCCAACAUUCAGCUUCUAAGAAGUAGGCCGGACUUUCUACAUUUUAACAUCUGAUCCAUUCCUUGGUUUUUGGAUCAUAAUAAUCUUGCCUGCUGGACUAUUUCAGUUAUAUCUGUGAUACCGUAUCUUCUGUCAUUUCUUAAUAAACAUUAUGUACUAGGCAAAGAAA